GAAGAGAAGGAACGCGCCAGGCUGGGGAACGGAAGAGAGGGCGAGGGAUGUGUUUAGCAGAGGGACCCGCCACUCCGUUGUGUGUGCGGUUGUGUUUGCUUCUCGGCGAUGUUUCCAAGAGUCUCCGCGAUCAUACCUCUUCGCCUCCUCUCCCCUUUCCCUUUAUGCCCUGGAGGCUCAGAGGCACCGGCAGCUGCGAUUGUGCGACUCGGUGCUCCGCACGGAACGGUCAGGACAAAAAAUGAAGUCCACCGAUAUUUUGGCACGAACAACGUGAUCUGUAACAAGAAAGAUGAGCAGUCUGCUCCAACACGUGAUAUUUCCAAGGAAACAGAGACCCAAGAGAGUGUGAAGGAGAACACAAAAAAAGACUUGUUAGGUAUUAUUAAGGGCAUGCGAGUUGAAUUAAGCACAGCCAAAGUACAAACAACAAGGCCACCCAAUGGAAGACAACUUAAGAGUAUAGAAGCUACAACUGGCAGGCUUCACAAAGUUCCGGAAGAUGCCCCAAAAAAGAGAACCAAGUCCCUGGGUCCUGAGUUGGUAGCAGCUGCAGCUGCUGUUGCAGAUGUUCUCCCGUUCGAUAAGCAGAUGACCAAGUCAGAGCUGCUCAGGCAGCUCCAGCAGCACGAGGAAGUCUCAAAGGCACAGAAGGAUGGAGAAAGGGCUAAAAUUAGUGUCAGUAACAUAAUAUCAGAUAUGAAAAUUGCCAAAUCUUCCACAGCUAGAGUUAGUACAAGACCAGUGCAUCAAAUUCAGUUUGAUGAAGGAUCUAACGAUUACGUGGGCCAGAAGAAGACCAAUGAUCUUAAAAAAAGCCUUAGGAAAAAUAUACUCAAGGGGAAGAGACUUAAUAUUUUUGACCUUAAGGCCGUUACUGAAGAGGCACCCGAAACAGAAACAGCACCUUCACUUUGGGAUGUGGAAUUUGCUAAGCAGUUAGCUGAGGUAAAUGAACAGCCCCUUCAGAAUGGUUUUGAAGAGAUGAUCCAGUGGACCAAAGAGGGGAAACUGUGGGAGUUUCCGAUUAACAACGAAGCAGGUUUUGAUGAUGAUGGUUCAGAAUUUCAUGAACAUGUAUUUCUGGAUAAAUAUCUGGAAGAUUUUCCAAAACAAGGACCAAUUCGCCACUUCAUGGAGCUGGUGACCUGUGGCCUUUCCAAAAAUCCAUAUCUGAGUGUUAAACAGAAGGUUGAACAUAUAGAGUGGUUUAGAAAUUAUUUUAAUGAAAAACAAGACAUUCUAAAAGAAAGUGGCAUACAGUUCAAUUGAAGACCAUGGAAAUUUUUGUUUCAAGCUGGAGAUAGAUACUAUAACUAAAUUAAAUAAUUUUACUAGAAGUUUUCCUAUAUUAUGUCAAUUAUUACAUCUGAUUUGAAUGGUAUAAAUGUUAAAUUGCUUAAAAGUAUAUAUAGUAACUGAAGAAUAUUCUUGCAUGAAGAAAAGUCAACAUUCACAGAAUCAACUAGUAAUUCUUAACAAGAAGAAUAUCUUAGAAUUAGUAAUAAGUUUAAGGCUGCUUUCUCCAACAUUUUUCUUUUCAGUGACCAUACUUCUUUGAAAUAUAAUUAUUAACCACAUACCUGAUGAUGCCAGGAUGCUGUAACAGUUGAGAUGAUUUAUAGACAGGUUUAUAUGCUGUGAAUAUGUAUAUCUACAUACACAUAUGUUUUAUAUAUUUGAAUAUAUAUACAUAUAUAUUUUUAUAUAUUUCACCAUAAAUUAAUGACCCUUGUGUAAGUCUGGGUCACCAGCGAGAAGCAACCUUGUAAAAAUAAACAGCUUAUUCUAACCCCCUCUAGCCCUUUAGGUCUUCAUGCCAAAGUUAGAACUGUUUAUUUUUCUAUUAUGGUGCUUAGCAGUGUGACUCAAUUUCAUACAACUCAAAGGAUUGUAGAUUCUAAAAGACUCAAAACAAGAAUUUAGUUUACAGCAGCCCCAGCCUAGUAGUGUUUCAGGCCCCCGGCAAAUGAAAAUCCUGUGAAGGAACCCAUCAUAAACUCAGGAUUCAAAUUAUAAAACAUAUAAGGAAACAAAGCAGCAUGAUUGCACACAAGCAGAAACAGAUAACAAAAGCAGACUUUGUAAAGCCUUUAAAUAUUCAUACUAUGAACUAUAUAUAAGAAAGUAUAGAGCAAGAGACGAAAGUGAUUGGAUUUUGGAAAAAAAAUUUAGUGAAGAAGUGUAACAACAGAUCAGAUACUGGAAAAUAGAUCUCAAGAAAUCCAUAUGUAGUAGA